UUAGAGAAAAAAAAAAAUCAAUCAUACCAAGCGCAGAACGGUUACAUUGAAAGCAUUGUACGUAAAUGAGAUACGAAUCAUAACUGAAAUUUAAGUUUUAAUUGUGCGGUAAUAGUUUAGUUGAGCAGCUGCAACAUAAAACGGUAUAAACAUGGUGGAUUACAGCAAAUGGAAAGAUAUUGAGAUUUCGGACGAUGAGGAUGAUACUCAUCCUAAUAUCGAUACGCCAUCGCUUUUCCGCUGGCGGCAUCAGGCUCGCGUCGAGCGUAUGCAGGAGCAAGAAAAAACGAAGGAAACGAUAGAAAAGAAGAAGCAAACGACCGUGGAAAAGUUAAAGGAUGCGAAAGAGAAGCUGCAGCGAAAGGAAGGCAAUCUAGACGAGCUAAAGAAAAUCAUUGAUGAGCUGGAAAGGGAACAAGACCGCGUGAGACAGGAAGAAGACGAGCUGCGCAAGAAGGAAAAGAUGCAGCCGUGGAACGUGGACACGAUCAGCAAGCCGGGCUUUGCCAAGACGGUCAUCAACAAGAGUGCAAUAAAUCGGAAGGAGGAAGAGCUGACCGACGAACAGAAGGAGAUGAAUCUGCGGGAAUUUAUCAAAAAGUACGAGAAGCAGAUGAAACAAUUCGGCAUGAUGCGGAAGUACGAUGAUUCGAAGAAGUUCCUGCAGGAUAAUCACCAUCUAGUAUGUGAGGAAACGCCCAACUACCUUGUCAUUUGGUGCAUCGAGCUGGAGAUGCAGGAAAAGCACGAACUGAUGGCACACGUGGCGCACCAGUGCAUCUGCAUGCAGUAUAUUUUGGACAUUUCCAAACAGCUCGAGGUAGACCCGAGGGCCUGCGUGGCGUCUUUCUUUCAGCGCAUUCAGGAGGCGGAAACCGAGUACAAGAAUCAAUUCUUGGGUGAAAUUGAGGCGUUUAAAGAUCGUAUCCGCAAGCGAGCUCAGGAGAAACUGCAGAAGCUCAUCGAGGACCAGGAGGAGGAGGAACGUAAGGCUAGGAUUGGUCCGGGUGGGUUGGAUCCGGUGGAGGUGUUUGAAUCGUUGCCAGAAGAGCUACAGAAGUGCUUUGAGACGCGAGACAUCGGAAUGCUGCAGGAAGCGAUGGCUAAACUACCACCGGAGGAAGCUCGCGUACACCUGCAGCGCUGCAUAGAUUCGGGUCUGUGGGUGCCGGAUGCGAAGAGCGCUGCCGCCGCCACGUCUGGGGCUGGUGUCGAGGAUGAAGCUCAGGAACCGGUGUACGUGGAGGUAAAAAGCAAAGGUCAAGAAACGAAAACGGAUGCCAACGAGCAGGAGGAGAAACAGUAAAAGCCGAGGACCAGUACACCGGAUGUUUGGGUGUAAUUCGUAAAUUACUUCUUUUCCACACGCAGAACUGGUGCGAAAUGUGUAUAGUCAACAACCGGUAAAUGUUCAUGCUUGAGAAGGUUUAGUUUCACGAUGGAUUGCAUAGUUGGCGAAAAAUCAUUUUAAAUGUAGUACAGCUUUUAAACUUGUCAUUUGCCGUAAUGACCCAAGGAAAGUCAUGCCUGCCAUAUAUUGGCUUACUGAAUUGUGUUUGUACCGUUUCUCGUACUAUACCACUCAAUGCGUAGAAUAUUGUAUUAAUGCCCCAUCCGUCGUCAUCCAUGCUACAUCGUAACUAGUAAAACAUAUUUGUUUCGUAAGAAAAUUUACUUUCCCGUCA